AUGUCAUCCGCAACUGAAAGUAGCAACCUGGACAUCAUCAUCUACCGCGGUUGGAAAGACCACGGCAAGCAUGUCUGGUCGCCGUUCGUCGUGAAGCUCGAAGCGCGCCUCCGCUUCGCCGGCGUCAAGUACACUACCGAUGUCAGCUCACCGAAGACGGCGCCAAAGGGGAAGAUCCCCUACCUAGAAUGUUGGGACCCGCUGCACGACCCAAGCUCCCGGGGGACAACCAAGCCCAGGAUUAAACUCGGCGACUCUACCCUCAUCAUCAAAACACUAGCAAGGUGGAACGUAGUUCCAGAUAUCAACGCCGGCCUCUCGCCAGCUGCUCGAACGCAGGACAUGGCGUUGCGGGCUUUGUUGGAAGAUAAGUUAUAUUUCUACCAUACGUGGGAGAGAUGGAUCCUAAAUUACUAUGCCAUGCGUGAUCAUUCUCUCUGGCAGCUGCCGUAUCCAGUUCGAGUGGUCGUGGGCAUUAUGGUCCACAGGAAUAUAGUAGCCACGUUGCACGGACAGGGAACAGGCCGCUACACAGCUGAUGAGAUCGCAACGUUCCGACUAGAAAUCUGGAAAGGAGUCAACGACCUGUUGGUUGCUUCGCGAGCGAAGUCAUCAACCGAAGACCCUGAUAAACCGUUCUGGGUCUUUGGAGGGCAGGGGCCCACAGAAGCAGAUGCUUCUCUGUUCGGCUUCAUUGUUUCUGUUCUGUUGUGCACCGCGUCUCCGGCCUCCCAGAAGGUGGUAAAGGAGUUUCCUAUCAUUGUAGAAUAUGCAGGGAGGCUACAUGAUCAAUACUUUCCGAACUAUGAGAAGUGGACUCUGUGA